AUGGAAGGCGAGUUUGGAGGGCUGAGAAAGUUCGAGAGGAACAAUCCUCUGACUUUUAAGGGGAGAUAUGACCCGGAAGGUGCUCAAGUUUGGUUGCAAGAGUAUGAGAAGAUCUUCAGGGUAAUGGAAUAUUCAGACGAGCAGAAGGUCAUGUUUCUUACUCAUAUGUUGGCUGAGGAAGCGGAGUAUUGGUGGGACAAUGCUCGUCAGGGGCUUGAAGUUGCGGGUAGUGAGAUCACAUGGGAAAAUUUCAUGAUUGAGUUCCUUGAUAAGUACUUUCAUGUUGAUGUUUGUAGCAAGAUGGAGAUCGAGUUCCUUGAGCUAAAGCAAGGUAACAUGUUUGUUGAUGAUUACGUUAUGAAGUUUGAAGAGGUGUCUAGAAUCUACGAUGAGGAUAGUCAUGCUAAAUCUGCUCACUGUAAGAGUGUUAGUGAGAAGAAAAGUGGAAAUCAAAACCAUGAUAAACCUUAUGGAGCUCCAGCUAAUAAAGGGAACUGCAAGGCUUCCGGUGGGAAAGAGACAAGUGGGGGAGCUGCUCAUGCUUCUGUCAGAUGUUUUAGUUAUGGAGGGAUGGGCCAUCUUGCUAGUGAAUGCAAGAGUUCUGGCCAGAAAUAUUUCAAGUGUGGAAAGUCAGGACACCGUAUUGCUGAUUGUAAGAGUAAUAUGUUGACUUGCUUUAAUUGUGGAGAACCAUAUCACAUUAGUACUCAGUGUCAAAACCCAAAUAAAGUUCAGUAUGGAGGGAAAGUUUUUUCCUUGAGUGGAGCAGAGACUACUAGAUCUGAUAACUUGAUUCGAGUUACGUCCUUUAUUAAUGGUGUGUCUUUGAUUUCUCUUAUUGACACGGGUGCAAUGCAUUUAUUCAUAUCUCUCUAUUAUGCUAAAAAGUUGAAUCUUGAAGUACCUUUUAUGGUUAUGAGUAUGGUCAUUGAUACCCCAGCUAAUGGUUUGGUGACUACUUCAUGGGUUUGUUGA